AUGGCUGCGACAGCGGUUUCUUCCGUAGGAGACUACUACAAAGUCCUCGGCAUCAACAGAUCUGCUGACGAUGCAGCUGUGAAGAAGGCAUAUAGGGUCAAUGCUUUGAAGUAUCACCCUGAGAAAAACAUCACGCCAGAGGCAAUCAAGCAGUUCCUAGCGAUUGGCGAGGCUUAUGAUGUUUUGAUCGAUUCAAAACGACGGGCAAUAUACGAUCAAUAUGGUCCAAAUGGACUAAGGAACGGCGUCGCUCCUCGGGAUGGAUUUGAAGGAUUUCCCGGAGGAUACAAUUACCAUGGCAACCCAGAGGAGACCUUCUCGAAGUUUUUCGGCGGGACAAAUCCAUUCUCCGACUUCUUUGCGGUCCAUACAUCUGCACCCGCGCUCAACCAGAAGGCUGGAGCUCCUCCAACUUUUGGACCAAAGUUCGGUGGACUUCAUGGGAUGAAUCGUCCGGACGGCGCUAGUGAUGGUGCCAGUGGAAACCCUCUGAAUGGGCCGACGCAGGACCCUGCGAUAGAGCAUGAUCUAGUUUUGACGUUGGAGGAGUUGUAUUUGGGAACGGUGAAGAAGCUAAAGGUUUCUCGGAAGACGUUGACUUCGGAUAACACCACAACAACUCCCACAACCAAACUUCUGACGCUUGAUGUCCACCGCGGCUGGCGGGCAGGCACCCGCAUCACAUUUCCCCGAGAAGGCGACCAAGGUCCUAACAAAAUCCCUUCCGACCUGACCUUCAUCGUGAAAGAGGCACCACACGAGUUCUUCAAGAGGGAAGGAGACGAUCUCAUCUACACAGUGCAUAUACCAUUAUCGAAAGCGCUUGUAGGAUUGAUUGUGGAAGUCAAGACCUUGGAUGGACGAGUGUUGAAGGUCCCCGUGAAUGAAACCGUCCACCCGGAUUACGUGAAAGUGAUAUCAAACGAGGGAAUGCCCAUAUCCAAAUCCCCCGAGCAAAGAGGGAAGCUGUUGAUCAAGUUUGUGAUUACUUUUCCGACAUAUCUUAGUGAGAAACAGAAGGGCUUGAUACGGGAAGCGUUGCCGGGGUAA